AAGUGCGAUAAUUCUUUGUACUAUAAGUUAUAUACUAUAAGUUUUCAUGGUUGUAUGUGUCUGAACAUUUUUAAUGAGUUUCAGCUUGCUGUUAAGUAGGGGGCAAAGAGCACUUUUACGAACCUUAUACUAUUUAGAGGUUAUUUGUGAUAAACUAAAUUGAUUAGAAUAUUUCUUAUGUAAGAAGAGAUAUCUUAUAUUGAAAAGUACGUGCUUUUAAAUAUUUUUGUAAAAUGGUCAAUGGUCUUGUGUCUGGAAGACUCGCGCUUGUUACAGGCAAGUGCUGGGUCUGGUAUUGGCCGAGCUGCUUGUCAAGUGCUAUCUAGAGAGGGUGCUACAGUUAUUGCUGCAGAUAAAAAUUAUGAUGCAGCAUUGGAAACCAUUAAGAAAUAUACUGCACUGGCCUCUGGUUCAAAUGCAACUGGAGAUCACACUGCUCUGGAAUUAGAUGUGUCAGAUCCAAAAUCAGUGCAGAGUCUAUUACAAGCUGUUCUAAAGGAAUACAAGACACCACCAAGGAUAGUUGUAAAUUCAGCAGGUAUAACAAGAGACAAUUGGUUGCUGAAGCUCUCGGAAGAAGAUUAUGAUAGUGUACUUAAUGUGAACUUAAAGGGAACUUUUCUUGUAAUGCAGACAUUUGCAAAGGCAAUGACAGAGGCUUCAAUAGCGGGAUCAAUAAUAAAUAUAUCAAGUAUUGUUGGAAAAUAUGGAAACAUAGGUCAAUCCAACUAUUCAGCGAGUAAAGCUGGGGUGGUUGCCAUGACACAAACCGCUGCUAAAGAGCUAGGAAAGUUUAAUGUAAGAGUAAAUGCAAUUCUGCCAGGUUUCAUAGAUACUCCAAUCGUUAAAACGGUACCAGAUAAAGUUAUGCACAAUAUGCUGAAACUUGUGCCUUUGGGGAGACUCGGUGAACCUACUGAGGUUGCCGAGGUCAUAACAUUUUUAAGUUCAGAUAAAAGUUCUUUCAUAAGCGGUGCAGCGAUCGACGUCACAGGUGGAUUCUAAAAAGAAAGCAUUAUUUAUGAAGAAAAUUAUAUCUAUUACCCGCUCGUUUCGCUGGGCAUUCAAUAAAAACAAUAAAAAAGGGGGAGAGGAAUUCAAAAAAAUAAAGGCCUAUUGACAAUUCCGAUUUGAUUGGUCAUAUUUAUAUAUGCUUAUGUUCAGUCGUUUUCACGUGAUUGAUGCUCAAAUAAAAAUCAUUCAUUAUAUAUACAAAAGUUCAACUAUUACACAUCACUUAGACAAAUAUAAUAUUGUUACUUGGGUUUAGUAGUAUUUGACAAAAGAUGAUAAGCUGUAAGAUCUAUUGAGCUAUCAAUAUGAAUAUUAGACAGACCUUAUGCAAGCAUAUUUAAGAAUCUAUUUUCUUUGACAUUUUGAAAUCAAGUCGUAUUAUAUAUUAUUUGUAAGUUACAAUUUGUUUUAAAUUUUACAUUUAAACAUUUAUUCGUUUUUAAAUCUAAACAUUUAUUCCUUUAGACAAGUAAUUAUAUUUAAUAAGUAAUUUUUUGUACACAUGUUUUGAAAUGUUUUUUCAAGUUGGAACCAAUUUUAUAUAUACAAUAUAUAUAAUAUAAUCUUUACAUAGUUUUGGAUCAAUAUGAUAUUAUGUAUUUUAAAAUAUAAUAUUAAAUUAUACUCAGAUGGAAUUGUAAAUUUGUGACUUAUUUUUUUGAACUUUUGAUAAUUUUUAGAUAUAUAUAUCAUGUUAAUAAAGACUGCUUUACUGUUGUU